UUUAAUAACGAAUGUGACCACAUUAGAGCAAAGCUACAAUGUAGUAACGAGAAAACAUUGGUCCUUGGUAUGCUUUUUUUCUUUUUCCCUUUAUUUAUCUUUAAUAUGAUUGGAUAAACACGAGAGCUCUUUCUUUUUCAUUUAAUGCUUAUUAUAACCCAUGGACAUAAAACUGCUCGAUGGGUACUUGUCCAUCAGCAAUCCAGGGGCUUCUUCUCUUUUCGAAAGCUACUUUCAAAAAAGCCAGGUCAGUUACCAAAGCCUAAAGCAAUAGAAGAUAUUCAAGUGCAUCAUGGAAUAACUCGAAAAGACAUGUUUUCUUGGAUGGAAGACCUUUCAAACCCUGAUGUUGCAUCCUAUAUUAAAACAGAAAACAAGUAAGAAAAGGAUGAAUUGUUACUGUUUUGUUAAUCCCCC